CCCACCAACCACCACCACCACUUCCCUUGGUCCCCGGUUACCUCAUCUUCUCCCCUCCCUCCGAAACCCUCUUUUUCUCACCCUAACCCCAACACCACCCUUUAUCCCUCCCGAUGGCCACCUUGUCCCUCCUCCCGUCUUCUUCCUCUUCCUCCCCCUCCUCCUCCCUCCUCCGCCGCCAUGCCCUCGCCCUCCGCCCCUCCUUCCUCCCCUCCCCCCACCGCCGCUCCGUGACCCCCAUCCGAGCCCUCUCCUCCCCUUCCCCGUCCCCGCCCGCCGCCCUCACCCAGGACGACCUCAAGAAGCUCGCCGCCGUGAAGGCCGUCGAGUACGUUACCAGCGGCAUGGUCCUCGGCCUCGGCACCGGCUCCACCGCCGCCUUCGUCGUUGCCGAGAUCGGGGACUUGCUCGCCUCCGGCAAACUCACUGGCAUCGUCGGCGUCCCCACCUCCAAGCGCACCUUCGAGCAGGCUAAGUCCCUUGGGAUCCCCCUCUCCACCCUCGACGAUCACCCCCGCCUUGACCUCGCCAUUGAUGGCGCUGAUGAGGUGGACCCGGAUCUUAAUCUCGUGAAAGGACGUGGAGGGGCUCUUCUUAGGGAGAAGAUGGUGGAAGCUGCAUCGGAUAAAUUCGUUGUGGUUGCGGAUGAGACAAAACUCGUCACUGGUUUGGGUGGGAGUGGACUGGCAAUGCCAGUGGAAGUUGUGCAGUUCUGCUGGAAGUAUAACCAGGCAAGGCUGCAAGAGUUAUUUAAAGAAGAAGGAUGUGAGGCAAAGCUAAGAUUGGAUGCUGAUGGAAAGCCUUAUGUUACCGACAAUUCAAACUACAUUGUGGAUUUGUACUUCAAAACACCGAUUAAGGAUGCACCAGCUGCAGGAAAGGAGAUCUCAACCUUGGAAGGGGUUGUAGAGCAUGGGUUGUUUUUGGACAUGGCAAGUGCAGUUAUUAUUGCAGGAAAAGAUGGUGUAAGCAUGAAGUCCAAAUGAAUUUAUCAAGAGAUAUGCGUAAGUACCCUUAAUCGACUUUUCUUCCUUUUGGAUGUACACUUCAUUAUAUGGCCAACUAAUGUAGGCCACAAUUGAGACAUGUAUUUAUUUUCAGCGUUAUCUUUUCAUGGGUUGAAUUUGGUUUCCUUCAAGUGAAUAAAGAAACAAUGGGAGGAUCGUGAUGUUCAAAAUGAACCCAUUGUUAGUUUUGGGUGUUGUCAUGAAAUUUUUUUCUAUUCUUAUAUUUCACUCU